AAAACACUCCAGGCGGCUUUUGAUUGCGUCAUACACACGUGACCCAAACAAACCGUCAUAGCGAGCUAAAUGUUGCCGUUUACCAUGAAUAGCUGUUUUAUUAGACUGAAAGUAGUAUUUUAAAGUGUGACAAUGAUUUCCGUGAGUUACAUUCUGCUGUGCGGACAGCUGCUGCUGCUACUGAUGGUGAUUCUGUUACAAUGUCUGGAAGGAAUUCACUCCCAAAACUCAUCGACCACAGCCGAGACUCCUGCCGCCUCUCCGGGUCCGGGAGCCACCGCGCCCCCCUUCAGCGUGCAGCCGCCGGAGAUCGUGAAGUAUGAAGUACCGGUGGAAGGUACGAAUUAUACGGAGCCCUACGAGUACAAGCCGCCGUCACCGGUCGUCCUCUGUAGCUAUCUACCGGAGGAGUUCAUCUUCUGUCAGGAUCCUGUAGACCACGCAGGGAACCACAGCGCCUUUCUGGAGAUGGGCCACGGCUGUGUCCGGUGGGGGGGCCAGACUCAAAAGGAUGUGAACCACACUCCAGUCAUCUGCACGGCUCUGGAUGAUAUCGAGUGUGCCGGACCCAGAGAGUUCCUCCGAGGAAACGUACCCUGCAUCAAAUACACGGGACACUACUUCAUCACCACGCUGCUCUACUCCUUCUUCCUCGGUUGUUUCGGGGUGGAUCGCUUCUGCCUGGGUCACACCGGCACCGCGGUGGGGAAGCUGCUCACCCUGGGGGGUCUGGGGAUCUGGUGGUUUGUGGACCUGAUCCUGCUGAUCACCGGCGGCCUGAUGCCCAGCGACUACAGCAACUGGUGCACCUACUACUGAGCGGACGCCAGCGGUUAGACUUCUGGAGGAGGGGAGCAGAGUCCAGGAGCUGCUGAGGACUCCUGCAGGGAGAACACGAGGAACUUAUAUCUUCUAAUCCACCUGAAACUUCCCACACGGCACGAGAGCGGCAGCACGACUUUUAGUAUUAAACAGUCGAGUGCGUUCGUGUUCGCAGCUGUAGAUGAGAACGAUCUGUUGUUUCACCGCUUUUUAUGUGCAUUUUCAAUUAACGCAUUAAAAACCACAAGAACGUCUGAGCAGAGACGACGGAGAUAUUUGAAAUGAAUCUUAAUGUGGUGAACCACAACAUCGAGCUUCAUUAAUGUCCCUCCUUGAACUAAAACAAAGGUUCUGUAUAUCAUAUUGAUCCGUGUUUUAUUUAUUUUACUUUUACACUAUUUGUUUCAUGUCUUCAGUUUCCUGAGUGUUUUGACAAUUGUCUUGUUUCUCCUGAAAUAAAAAGUUUUACCAGAU